AUGGUUUCUCGUUUAUCUUUAGCUUGUGUUGUUUUUUCAUUAUUCUUGAUUUCCUCAUGCUUGCCAUGCCAAGCACAACUGUCUUCAAACUUCUAUGACAGCACAUGUCCGAAUGCACUGACCACAAUUCGUACUGCUAUUCGGAGAGCUGUCUCGAGUGAGCGCAGAAUGGCAGCAUCCCUUAUUCGUCUUCACUUCCAUGAUUGCUUUGUUCAAGGUUGUGAUGCUUCAAUCAUGCUUGACAAUUCUCCUUCAAUAGAUAGCGAGAAAUUCUCAUUCAACAAUAACAAUUUCUUGUGUUUUUCCCAACAUAAUUCAAUCUGGGGAUUUGAAGUCAUUGAUGAAGCCAAGGCUCGAGUGGAGAGCAUAUGUCCUGGAGUUGUUUCGUGUGCUGACAUCGCUGCUGUAGCAGCCUGUCAUGCAUCUGUUGCUGUGAGAAACCCAUUCCAUAAUCUUGCUCCACUUGAUUUGGUGACACCCAAUUCUUUCGAUAACAAUUACUUCAGGAACCUCAUUCAAAGGAGGGGACUUCUUCAAUCAGACCAGGUGCUCUUUAGUGGUCAAUCUACAGACAGCAUAGUCACCGAGUACAGCAGGAACCCUUCACUUUUUAGUUCUGAUUUUGCCGCUGCCAUGUUAACCCAGGGAGACAUAGAACCACUGACUGGUUCUCAAGUAGAGAUACGAAGGGUUUGCAGUGUUGUUAAUUGA